UCUGCGAUGUCAGAGAACGGCUCCUUCGCCAAUUGCUGCGAGGCCGGCGGGUGGGCAGUGCGCCCGGGCUGGUUGGGUACUGGCAGGGCGCAACCCUCCAGGACCCCUCGACCUCCUUGGGUGGCUCCCGCGCUAUCCGUGGUGCUCAUCGUCACCACCGCCGUGGACGUUGUGGGCAACCUCCUGGUGAUCCUCUCCGUGCUCAGGAACCGCAAGCUCCGAAACGCAGGUAAUUUGUUCUUGGUGAGUCUGGCGUUGGCUGACCUGGUGGUGGCCUUGUACCCCUACCCGCUAAUCCUCGUGGCCAUCUUCUAUGACGGCUGGGCCCUGGGGGAGGAGCACUGUAAGGCCAGCGCCUUUGUGAUGGGCCUGAGCGUCAUCGGCUCUGUCUUCAACAUCACUGCCAUCGCCAUUAACCGCUACUGCUACAUCUGCCACAGCGUGGCCUACCACCGAAUCUACAGGCGCUGGCACACCCCUCUGCACAUCUGCCUUGUCUGGCUCCUCACCGUGGUGGCCUUGCUGCCCAACUUCUUUGUGGGGUCCCUGGAGUACGACCCACGUAUCUAUUCCUGCACCUUCAUCCAGACGGCCAGCACCCAGUACACGGCAGCAGUGGUGGUCAUCCACUUUCUCCUCCCCAUCGCUGUCGUGUCCUUCUGCUACCUGCGCAUCUGGGUGCUGGUGCUCCAGGCCCGCAGGAAAGCCAAGCCAGAGAGCACGCUGUGCCUGAGGCCCAGCGACUUGCGGAGCUUUCUAACCAUGUUUGUGGUGUUUGUGAUCUUUGCCGUCUGCUGGGCCCCACUUAACUGCAUCGGCCUCGCUGUGGCCAUCAACCCACAAGAAAUGGCUCCCCAGAUCCCUGAGGGGCUAUUUGUCACUAGCUACUUACUGGCUUAUUUCAACAGCUGCCUGAAUGCCAUUGUCUAUGGGCUCCUGAACCAAAACUUCCGCAGGGAGUACAAGAGGAUCCUCUUGGCCCUUUGGAACCCACGGCACUGCAUUCAGGACUCUUCCAAGGGCAGCCAUGCAGAGGCGCUGCAGAGCCCAGCUCCACCCAUCGUUGGUGUGCAGCACCAGGCAGAUGCUCUCUAGCCUGGAUCUGAGGCACACCAGCUGCA